AUGUCCCAUCGGCAAUCGUGCGACCGCUGCCGACAGCAGAAAGUUCGAUGUCUUCGAGACGAGUCACAAGGUGGAGCUGGAAACAAGGCUCGAGCUUCUUUUUCCCGGUGCGAAAGAUGCACCAAAGCCAGCGUGGACUGUGUUUAUAGCUUAAAAUCAAGAUCCAAUCGCCCGAAUGCCCAUCAACCAAUUCACAACCAGGUCGAUGCGGACCCUCAAACUCUAGUCGGACCCUCCUGGUUCGGCCAAGGUCUCUUCUGUCAAGCCGCCUCCGGCAGUCUGGGGCCCGACUACGACGAUCUUGCUGGGCAAUUUGCCGACCUGGAUGGGGCUGAGUUUAAUGGCUGGGAUGGGAAUCUCGACGUAAUUCCUUCAUUAUCCAUGUCGUCGUUGAACACUCUGGCAGCCCCAGCGGCCAUGGUAUCCCAAGACAUUUCACCCACCAAAGACCAUCACGACAACAACCAUAUGCAGGAGCCCGAAGCCGACGAUGAUGACGAGAGCAAUAAUGGCCAUGACCAAGAUGCCAUUCAAGAGCUCUCUCUACAGCUCACGGCAAUAAGCCAAAGAGCGACUCGGGCAAAGCGCCGUCUGCAUCGUGCUGGCUGCCCACCCCCGACGGUAUCAUCACCAGAAGUAAACGAAGCGUUUGAAGAUACCAACAAUCUACUUCGAAUCGCCAAUAAUAUUACAAAUGCAUGUGCACACCUUUGCGACGAGGCUAGUUCCAAUUCAAUCACCCUUGAUUACGGACUGGUAUUCUCAGCCUUGGCUUCUCAUCAGCAUCUCUUAGCUUUGUUCAAGGCCAUUUGUCAUUUAAUUCAACGGUACCUAGAGUCUAUGACAUCAGCCAACCAACACCGGCAGCAACAACAGCAAAGACUUCAUGACGGUGACAUUGGCCCGUCUUCGGUGGCACAAUUUGUCAUGGUGCUCCAACUGCUAACGUACCUCAUCAACCGAAUGGACCGAAAUCUGGCUCAAGUCAACGGCCCACAUGGGCACGGUCUAGAGACAUCUCUCGGCGGCCAGGCCACCCCGAUCACGCCCAGCACAGGUUAUCAAGACAUUGUUCAAUCGAUGCUGAUUCAUAGAGGGGACAAGAAUAAUACAACAGGAAGUUCACAGUCGCUUCCCAUUAUUGGGCAGGUCGUCUUAGGGGCCAUCCCAGAUGAGCACAAGAGACUGAGACAGGUUAUCCAGGAGCUACAGACUAGGAUAGAGCGUUCGGAAAUUCAGUAG